UGUUUUCUGUUAUGUAUUUUUUAUUCUAGCUAAUUCCUAAAUUAAUUUCGAGCCAAUUUUGCAGCAAAGGCGCCACAAUUGGGAAAACUUAAUAAAUAUGAAAUUCCGCUUCUGUGGCGACGGCGACUGUCCCGACUGGGUAUUAGCGGAAAUUAUCUCCACGCUUUCGUUGCUAAGCGCUAAGAACUUAGAAGCACUUGCUGAGCUGGUUGCCAAGAGAAUUGUUGGUCAGCAGUUCGAGGAGGGCGUCAUUAAAUCGUUAACGGCCGACAUAUCCACCGAUGGCAAAUCAGCAGUCGCCUGCAUACAUUUCUUGCUUAUCAAUGCGUCGCGUCAUGCUGUUAGCGAGUCAGUGUUCAGCGAAGAGAUUCAACAGCUGGGCCUGCCAAAGGAACACGCCGCAUCUAUGUGUCGCGUGUUGGCCGCCAAUGUCACAGCUAUACGUCAGCGGCUGAGAGAUAAAGCAUUUAGAAUAAACGAACUGUCUUCCAUACGCUACAUCCCACCCUCGGCAGAUAAGCAAGAUAACACCGUUGGUUGUGCUAAAUUCGAAUUGAAAAUCUCACAGGAGCUAAUCGAUGGUUUGCCACAGGAUACUACACAUGUGCUUAAUAUUGAGCGUCCUAAUGUGCAGUCGCUGUUGGAGGAAUUGAAAGAGGUGCGCUCUACAUUACAGCAAUAUAGUUGGCGGCAGAAAGACAAGAUGGAUGUGUAGAGCUGAAGAAAAUAUAUUACGGACAUUUAUUCACAAG